AUGAAAGAGACUAGCAAUUGGAAGCAACUCAUCUGGUCUGGAUCUGAAGCUGAAACUGCAGCUGGAAUGGGAGUAAGAGAUUGUAGGAAUAAUAGGAUUGAUACAAGUAGCUUGAUCGAGACAUGGAUAUUGAUUUAUGUACAUGGCAUCAAGCUGGUGGUGAAGAACAAGGAAAUCGGGGAAGCCCAUAUCAAGAUGAAUGGACAUCACCAUGCAGAAUCUGAUCCAACUACCAACGACCCGACAUUUCUCCCAAACUAG